UGUGAUGACACCUGUUGUGUAUGCCCUAUUACCAGGAAAGAGUCAAGCCAUCUAUACAAGGUUCUUCACCCUUCUUCUGGACAAAAUCAACGACCUUGACCUCCAGUUUUUACCAACCUGUGCCCUAGCUGACUUCGAGACAGCAGUCCACAACUCCAUCCGAGAAGUGUUUCCGGACAUCACAACGAAGGGAUGUUUUUUUCACUUCACCCAGGCUAUUUGGCGAAAAGCUCAACAGACAGGACUACAGAUCCCCUACAAAGAUGACGACAACGUAAAGACUUUGGUUAGAAGAGCAACAGUUCUUCCCCUUGUUCCCCUAGACUGUAUUGAAGACGUUUGGUUCAGAGCCCUAGAAGACAGAGAUGAAGCUGACCUCACACAAGCUACAGAAUCCUUCACAGACUAUGUGACAGAACAGUGGGUUAACGGUGACAGACUUUUAUGGAAUCAUUUUGGAACAGAGGGACCACGGACCAACAACAGCCUUGAAGGAUGGCAUGGAAAACUCAAAAGAAUGGCACAGCACGCACAUCCCAACAUCUUCAUCGUCGUAAAGAUGUUUAAAGAUAUACAGAAGCCGGCGGGACCAUUAGACCUCCAGCAAAAAAGUACGCAAAUAUAA